AUGCCAGACUACCUCAGCCGAUCACCAGUCGAUGAACCAGAAGAGGAUCCCGACGAUCUAAUCAAUCAGUCAACUAAAUCAACACAAACCGACGAACCUUCUUCACCACUCCAAGUAUUAGCCGUUCAAACACGAUCAAUGGCUCAGCGAAAACCAACGGAUCAACAUUCUCAAGCUGUACAAAAAUUACAAAAUUUGCAGAAUUUUAGAAAUUUACCCGAUUCGCAGAAUUUGCGCAACUCACGUCAAUCAUCCAUUCCAACGAUUUCAUCACCAAAAAUACUUAAAGAUGAGAAUGCUAUCACUCCAUUCACAUUAGAUGAAUUACAAUCUGCCCAAGAACAUGAUGACGAAGUGCAGAAUAUUAUUCUAGAUUUACAAAAGCACCCCAAUUACUUCGUCGAAAACGGUUUCUUAAUGCGAAAAAGCAUACCGCCUGUUCCAUUUGUACCUAAAGCAGGCAUGUUUCGUGAAAGUAUAUUGAAAAUUUACCAUGAUACGGCCGCAAAUGGAUCACAUUUUGGCUUUAAUAAAACUUUAUUCAAAAUUAGACAACGAUUUUACUGGCCUACCGUUAUCAAAGAUGUCAAACAUCAUGUUCAAACGUGUAUA